AUGGUUCCUCUUCUUUUCCUUGUACCACACAUCCUUCAUCAAGUAUACAAAAUUAUUAAUUUUGCCUUCUCUCUUCUUGAACAAGGGAGGUCCCCAAUUCCUGUGGCGACCAUUUCAACCAGUAUGUGUAAUCGGGCAUCUUGUGAGGUUGCAUGCCAGGAAACAAGACGCAGGCUGAAAUAUUCAAUUCUGCAUCAACUUGCACUCUCUCCAUGCUGCGUUCUCUAGAUAUUAUUGAUCUGCUGUGGAUCAUUUAAGACAAUUUCUAUAUAUAUAUAGUAGAGGAGCCGUAUGAGAUGCAAGUUUCAUGUACGGUUCUGAAAUAGGCGGCGGAAACAGUGAUGUUAUCGCCGACUAUAAUUAUCUAACAGUUCAAGUACAGUUGAUAUAGUUGAGGCCCAGUCAAAAUAUGGUUUUUGGGGAUGGAAUCUCUGGCGUCAACCUAUAGUGUUUAUAGUUUUUUUAAUUUCUUCUCUCGCAGAAUGUGAGAGAUUACCUUUUGAUUCACCAGAAGCAGAAGAGGAAUUAGUAGCAGGUUAUCAAACCGAAUAUUCCGGUAUAAAAUAUGGUUGUUUUAUGUCUCUUCUUACCUAA